UGAUAUAUUUUAUGAACUUUGAUUAAUUUUUCUGUGAGUUUUAUGAUUCUGAACAAAAAUUUUAUGAUUGCAAAUGAUGGGAAUCAUCAAAGUUUUGUCAGUUCAACAAAUUCGCCGGUUUUUUACAUUUGUGAUCAGUAUCAAGGUUAUCUUCUCUGAGUCUCUACUAGAAACAUUAACUAGGAGGAUCUAGAUAUAUCAUGUGCCUGUAAUCACAAUUCUGUGCAUCUUGAGUGAAUUUUACCAAACGUUUUGUGUUUUUUCAUUCAUUAGCAGUCAGUUCAAUACACUUGUUUGAUGCAAAGCAGUCGCUAAUUGAUUCAUCGAAAUUUUGCAUCAUUUAAUCCCACCUGUACCCUAGGAAACUUCAGAUGAAAGUUGACAUGUAAUGACUAAAUUACUGAAUGAACAGAUCUAUCUGGUUAUAUAAUCUGUUUCAUUUCAUCCAAUAUAUUUAGCUUAUUUGAUAUUCCAUCAUAUUCAAAUAAUAUUUUUCCAUCGACCUCCGUAUCCGUAGAUUGUCGCCGUAUGUGAAUUCAUCUAAUAAUCGUGGUUCCCAAUAUCAUGAUAUCAGCGGUCAUACACAAACAUUAUGCAGAUUUUUCAAAUUCCCAUAGAUAUUUAAUUUAUAUCAUCGCUUACUUAUUAUUUGGGCUUGAGAGAGUAUAACUCCGUCUGUAGCUCUUCGAAGGUUACUUCCGGUCUCAAGCCCAGAUAAGGGAGGAGGGCUGAGAAUUGUGUCAGCAACCUCAAUCUUCUGCGCCCACCAAAUAUAGCAAAGAUGAUAAUAAAGAUCAGUUCUAUAAGGGGAUGCAAUCAAUCAUAGCGAAGUGCCCAAACAAAGACACCACCACUCUGAUGAAAGACCUAAACGCCAAAGUCGGAAAGAAACAGUUAUAAAGAUAUCAUGGAACGACAUGGGCUGACUGCGAAAAAGGAACGAGAAUGACAAGGGUUUAUCAAAUUUAUGUAAAUUAAACAAGAUAAUGAUUGGUGGCACUAUAUCCCCCCACAAAUACGUACACAAAACUACAUCAGUCACACCGGAUCACCCUACACAGAGCCAGAUCCAUGAUAUUUGUAUCAAUAAAAAUUCCAGAAGACUAAUGAAAGACGUGAGAAUCAAGAAAGGAGCUGACAUAGCUUCAGUUCAUCACCAAUUGGUUGUGGCCAAGACCAAACUGAAGCUGAAGAAACAUUGGACAACAGGACAAACAGCAUCACAAACGUUUGACAUAGGUUUCCUUCGAGACACUGACAAACUUCAUGAAUUCAAGAUCGCUCUCAACAACACGCUCCGAGUUUUGUAAGAUCUACUGAAAGAAGAAGAAACUACCAUGGAGAACAAGUGGAGAGGGAUGAAAGCGGCACUAAAUUCAACGUGUCGGGAGGUGAUGGGUCUCAAGAAGUAUCAUCAUUAAGAAUGGAUGUGUAUGGAAACCGUGGGAAAGAUUGAAGAAAGGAAGCUGAAGAAGACAGCCAUUGGCAACAAUGGAUGGAGAACAGAAAAAGUGAAGACGCAGACCGAAUACACGUAGGUAAACGAUCAAGUGAAGUGGAGCAUUAGAGACGACAAGCAGAACUACAUGUAAGAUCUAGCAACGACAAUGGAACAAGCUGCAGUGGAAGGAAAUAUGGGACAACUAUACAAUGAGGAAGUCAGCAAAGUAAUAUGGUAAAGAAGAGAGAGACCAGUCAAGAACAACGAAUAUAUGUCAAUCACUGGAAUUCUAGUAGAGCUUCCUUGACUAUGAGAGGGAGUUUGACAGUGUGGAUAGGGAACCUUAUGGAGCGUUCUCCGACACUAUGGUGUCAGUAGCUGAGAACAUUGUCAUCAACAUACGGAUUUCAUAUGACGGACCACAUUGCAAAGCUGUGUAUGGUGGACAGCUCACUAGUGUAUCCCGAGUAGGGACUGGGGUCAUACAACACUACCAAAUUUCCCCGUUUCUCUUUCUUCUAGUGGUUGGUUUGAUUGUGAAGACCUCAACAUGUGAGGGGAAGCACAGAAUACAAUGAACAGUUUGAAUGCAACUAGACUAUGUGAACUUUGCAAAUGACCUAUCUCUUCAAUUCCAUACACUGCAACGAAUGAAAGUGAAGACAACUAGUGUAGGUGCAUCUUUUUCAACAACAGAACUCAAUAUGCACAAGGGAGGAAGUUACAUCCUCAAACAACACAGAGAACGCCAACCCAACCACACUUGAUGGGGAUGCAUUGAAUGAAGUGGAAACUUUCACGUGCCUGAACGGCAUCAUAUAUAAACGGAGACUAUAUGAAGCAGACAUGAAGGUACGGAUAAACAAAACAAGGGCGACAUUUCCGGAUCUGAAGAACAUUGUUAACUCAAAACAUCUGUCAACCAACAUCAAAGUCAGAAUUAUCAAUGCAAACGUCUAGACAGCCCUAUUUUAAGUAGCUGAAGCUUGGAGAACUAAUACUGUAGUGGACAAGAACUUAGGUGGGGAAGACCAAUUUACUUCUCAAAGCAGUGUAUAAUGAAACAGAUAUAUAAUUAAAUCAAAGUCAUUCAGUGUAUUAACGGUUGCAAGCCAUUGUCAGAUUUAUUUCCUGAUGUUCGAUCCAUGAAAGGAUUAGUAAGAAAACUUCAUAAAAAUUUAAGCGGGAUGUGUAUAUCUCUUGGGAAUGAUAUUCCUAACUUCUUAAUAAAAUUCAAUGGCAAACUAUGUUUCUGGAUUCAUGGUGUUUGAAAAAGUGCAGUUAUUUUCAUUAUUUGAUAAGUUGUGGUACAGAAGAAACGUAAUUUAGAGUGCAAUAUCUCUUCUUGGUUUCAGAAAAGCGCGCAUGAUUAAGAGUUUGAAACUGAGAUUCGUAGAACUCUUCAUUUAUUGUCUUAUUACUUUCAAUAAUUUUAAAGUCAUACCUUAAUGUUAUGAAGACAUUAGUUAGUAAAAAAAAUUACGGCUUUUGCCAGACAGAUUAUUAUGAAUUGACUUUUAUUAGGCUCCAAUAAGAAUAAUUAAAACGUUCCUAGAUAUAUUUCUAAUAUGGGCAGUCUGUGUUAGUAGCCAUUAUUCAAAAAUACAAAGAAAAAUCUCAUUGACAUCACUUAACAUGAUAAGAAAAGCAACUCUGGUUUUGAACGAAAGUGUCAUAGAAGUAUGAAAAAAGUCAGUAAUCGGACCUGUAUAUCACGCAGUCGUCUUUCUAAAACUUACCAAUUGGAUGUAAUUAGUUAGCUUCAAUAUUGUUUAUUGAAAACGAUGCUAAUCAUUUGUACAUUAACGGUAGAAACUGAUCGAUUCACCUUUAGUCUGAACUCAUAAUAUUUCAUAAGUCUUUAUUUAUUGUAGUAAUUCGUAUCAUUGUAAUAAUAUAUAAUUUGGUUUCCCAAUACAAAUAUUGCUUUUAAUUGCUUGAAGUUAUCAGAAUUCAUAGAGAAGACAAAGAUAAACGAAUCUACUAUGAAAGGACUGUUAGUCGACUUAUUAAGUGUUGAUAAUCCACUACAAGUUCAAUAUUCAAUUCAGAGUAUACCAGUUAGACAGAAUACUUCACCUACGGAUGCAGAAUAUUGUAUCAGUAUGCUUUCAACCAACAAACAAAGUUUAUGUCUUUUUCAAUUCUCAUCUGAUAUUCUAAUGAAUAUGGAAAAUAGUUCAUUAACAUAUGUAAAUAAUAAACAAAUCAAUUAUCCAUUACCUUACAUAACUAGAUCAUUUACUCAACUUAAACCAGUAUUCAUUAUAAAAUGUUACAAAAAUAAUUGUUCAAAACAAUUAGAUUCAUCAUUUUUAAAUGAAAUGUACUUUUUGUAUACAUUUCAUUCAUCUAUAUGGUCAUUAAUUCUAUUAUAUACAUUAACAACUGGUUCAUUGUUAUUUGUGUUCGAGUAUACAAGACCCUCAAGUGAGAAAUAUACAAAAAUUUCACCUUCAAAUGAGCCAAGUUUAGGUUUAUGGGAUUCAUAUGUGUACGUUUUAAUGGGAUUAUUUUUACAAUCCUCAUACAAAUUGCCUAAAUCAUGGGGCGGAAUAACAAUCACUUUAUUCUGGCAUGCAUUUUGUUUAAUAUGCAUUAUUGCUUAUGCAAUUGGUACAUCAGUGUUGAUUUUCAAACAGUAUACUGAUAAUGACUUAAAAUAUCAUCCUUAUUUAAACAGCCAAAAUCAAACAAUCUAUUGUGAUUUAAAUCCAAAUUUAUGUAAAUAUUUUGAAAAAAGGUUCUCUUUUUCAAGGAAAUUGGUAAAUGGGAAAAUUUCACCGGAGGAGAUUAAUACGUCAAUGAUAAUAUUAACAGAUCAUAUUCAUGGUCAGUAUCUACAAUCAUUAAAAUAUCGAAAUACUGAUUGGAAUUACAUUAAGUUAGAUUGUAAAAUUGAAGAUGAAAAAGAUGAUGAUGAGAAUUUUUAUGACAGUGGAAAUUUCCAAGAUAUGCCUUUAAUGGAAAUGGGAUUUUUAACGUUCAGUGAAAAAUCACUUUGGGAAAUGAACGUAUACUUAAAAUACUUACAGGAUUCUGGAAGACUCUACAGUAUAAAACAUAAAAAUGAACCGGCAUUUGACUUUACAACUAAACUUCAAAUGCAUAAAAAUUUAUGCGUAACAAAAGAAGACAAAAAUUCGAAAAUCCCAAUACGUUUAAAACAAAUGAAUGGACCAUUGUUAUUUAUGAUUAUCGGAUGUUUAUGUGCUGUUAUGAUGCAUAUAAGUGAAUAUAUUUAUUAUAUUGUUAUGAACAGAUAAUUUUUCCAAAGAUUUAUUUCCUUGGAAGGAACUAUUCCUUCGUUUCAUCAUAGUGAAAUAUUGAAUAAUUGAAAACUAAUUGAUAUAUAAUUACAUAAACCAUGAUCUAUUGGUCAUCGUGCUCAGAUUACGAUGACUAAAAUUGAUUUACCAUAUAGUGAUGACUGAUAAGAGCUUGAUUUGCAAAUAUAUUAUUAAAACCUAUUUAUAUGAUUGAAUGUAUCAAUAGUAAUAAAUAUACUAUUUUACUC